CCCUCGUCUCGCCGCUCCCCUCCCUUGCCUCGCCCCUCCCCUCUCCUCGCUCCUCCCCUCUCUCUCCUCGCCCCUCCCUUCCUCGUCUCGCUCUUCCUCUCCUUCCUCUCUCCUCCCCCCAGGCCACGCCCCCCUCCGCCCCGCCCUCCGCCCCCCAGCCCCGCUGGGAGUGUCCGGGGGCCGCGCCCAGCUGGGUCGGGACGCGCGCCCUGAGCUGCCCGAGCUCCGCGGGGACUCGGGCCGGGAUCCUCGGGCGGCUGCAGCGGCCGGGGCCGGGGCCGGGAGCGGGCCAUGAUGGGCCGGCGGCGCGCCUUCGCCGUGGACGGCCGGGGUGAGUCGCCCACCCCCAGGCUGGCCGGGCCCCACCCGCCCCGGAGCCGCUUCCCGCCCCCAAGCCGGGCAGCCUCAGCUCCCUGCCCAGCCCCGCGCACCCCGCGGGCGGCCCCCUCCCCGCUGCGCCUCCCUCGCCGCCUCCCUGGAGGGGCGGUCAUCAGGGGACGCCAUGCAGGCUGGAGCCCCUCUGGGUUCAGGCGUUAAACCAGCCACUGCCUCCGCCCCACUUCCUCCGGCUACGCUUCCCUCGCCUUCCCGCUCCGUCUGAGGAUGUGGGGAUCCGCCCGCACCCCAGCCCCUUCCGUGGCUGCGGACCCCUCUCCCACCCAGUGACCUCCUGGCCCACUUCCUUGCCCAGAGGGGCCUGGGUUGGCAUCCGGCUCCCGCGUGCCCCGCAGCUCGUCCCCGCCCCCCUAGCCUGUUUCCCGUACCGUUCAUUCCGCCAGGACGCCCCGUAGCGAGAGGGCCUGGCGGAGGUGACAGUGAGGGGGUGCUAAUGCUGCCCCUUCGUCCCUUUCUUUCACUUCAGUUCUUUCAUUUUAAACUUUUCAUAAAAUCUUCACUAUUGCUCACUUACAACAAAAGCCCAAAUCGGUUAUAGCGGUGAUUUUUAUCACUCGCCCCGUGAGCUGCAGGAGAGACUUCACCUGGCAUCCUGAUGCCGCAGGGGCUCCCGGAGAGCAGGUUGGAUCCCAGGCUUUCCUGUCUGUACCCUCUCCCCUCUCCCUGAAGCUAGAUACUGUCCUACUCCCGCUUGGGGAGCAGCAGAAGAGCCUGUGGCUCCCCACUUCUGACUCGGGAGAUCGUGGGCUGAUCCUAGGUGGAAAGCGCAGGCGCAGGAUAUCUAAGGGAUUGAUGGACGUGGCCUGCCAAGGCUUUGCCUACCACACAGCUCAGAGCACGGGUUCCCUGUCGCUAACAACUGUUGUGAAGGGAAUCCCAUCCACACGUCUCCCAGACAGCUGGGGCCAUAUCCGGGCUGCCCGUGGCUGUCCAGUGCCCGCCCUUCCUCACUGCUCCAGGACACUCCUCCCUGGGGCAGUGCUGCCAGCCAUCAGGAAUGCUGCGGGUGUUGGGGGUGGCCUGCCCAGCCUGACACUGACUCUCCGUGCAGAUGGGGCUGGCGAGGGCCUGGCACGGGGCUGCAUAGUGCCUGGAGUCACCAGCACCUACAGACGGAUCCCCGACGCUGCCCACGGGAGCUCAUCCUGGGAGAGAGGUGACAAGCUCGGAGGUGUCAGCAGGGAGGCACUGUUUCUCAAACUGUCCUCCCGGGACUCAGGAGUGGAGAUGGCAGUUGGGGACAGCCCCCUGGCCGCCUUACCGGGCCUUUCUCAGGACUCCCUGGACUUUGAAUCCUCAGGGAGUCCUGAGCCCCCGCGCCAGGUGGGCCGGCUCCUGGCCAGCCAGAAGCUGGGGCGGGUGCUGGAGCGGUCCCUCCGGCUCCCAACAGCUCCCGCCAGCUUGUCAGGACAACACGACUCCCAGCGGCCGGCAAGCAAGCCUGAGCAUGAAGUGCCCCUUUUUGGAGCAGGAGAACAGGAGACCAUGGAGGCAGACACAGACCUAGAGGCAGGCCUGGAAGAAGAGGCGGUGGGGGGCCUGGGGCCUGGAGCCUGGGCCUGCCUCCCCGGGCAGGGUCUUCGCUAUCUGGAACACCUGUGCCUGGUGCUGGAGCAGAUGGCAAGGCUCCAGCAGCUCUACCUGCAGCUGCGGAUCCAGAGGCCCCCAGGGGAUCCCAGCGAGGAGGAGUCGACCCGAGCCCCUUUACCAUCCCCCUUACAAGCCCCAGGCAAUGGGGGGCAGCGGCCAUGGGAGCUGCUAAGCCAGACAGAGCAGACAGGGGCAAAGGCUGCUUCACUCCCAAAGGUGGAGGUGCCCAGUGCCAACCUUCCCAGGCUGCCAGAAACCCCAGUGGAGCCAACAUACCACUUGCCAUCCUCCCAAGGACACAAGGUCAAGGUCCUGCUCAACCGGAUCUGCCGGAGAAGCCACCACCACCCUGAGCCCCCUGCCCCUCCUGCUGGCUCUGACCCCAGGAUCGAGUCCAGGGACCUCCCUGAAAGGCCUCAGUGCCGCCCCCACCGGAAGACCUUUAUGCCGUCAUUAGUGAUUAAGAAGCAACGAGCAAAAAGCCUUUCUGUAGGCUGAGACCUCUCGGUGCACCUGGUGACCCUGGGUGGAGGGGACUUGCUGUGAAGUCUUCCUCGCCCUUUGCCCGCUUGCUGCUUCUCCACAUUGCCAGGAAAAGCUGCUGACGCCUGCCCUCCUCUCUUGAGUUGAGGGCUGAAUCUUUCUCCUCUAAGCAGUCUGGUCAGGAGCCCUGGUUUGCUGAGAGGUCCCCAAGAUGCGGCAGCUCCAGGGCUCUUCCUCCUCACCAGAAAUCCCUGGGCUUCCACAAUGUGAACUCACUCAUUAUCAGGUGUCCGUGGAGUGUUUUUGGCACAGUGACCUGUCUGGGCCCAGCAUGUUGCAGAUGUGUAUUUAUGCACAAUGGUAUGCAUAUCUCUGUGUGACUGUCAGUGUUGCAAGCUGGCUGGAUCCAACCAUCUCUUCUGAAAUAAUGCAUCCAAAGGGUUGAUAUUCUGGGGGAGGUCACUGCAGAAGGAUGGAACUGACCUUUAUUCCCCAGUGGGCAGUGACUGAGCUUUCCUCCUCAGAGCCAUGCUGGCAGCCCUGGGACAGAGAACGGUGUGGCUUUGGCUGUCUCUGCAUGGAAUCUUGCCCCAGACUCCUGAAAACUGCACCAGGAAUGAGGAAGAUCAGGGACAACCUGGGAACUGAAUAACUUUCAAAGCCAGUGCUCAGCUUCUCUGCUCUGUACUAGCGUUUACAGGUCCUAACUCAAACCAGAUGCCUGUACUAGUUUUUAGACCCUAAGUCAAACUUUCUGAGCCACAGCUUCCUGCUGGGAAUAAUGAUGCCUGCCCUACCUACCUCACAGACUUGUUAUGAGGAUAAAGUGAGAUUAAACUGCCUCAAAGUGCUUUGUAAA